GCGCGCUACAUACGUUACUAUAUACCUAUAUAGACGAUUCGCAUCAUUACCAUCGCAUCAUCAUAACUUAACUGCGAAACUGAUCAUCACAUCAGUGACUUUCCGCGCAUCAGUCGCGUAGCGAGCUACGACCAAGCCACACAGCACAAGACGACGGUACGAAGACACGGUCUUAGCGCGCACCUCUCGUAACGUACAUACAUAACAUUAUAAGCCAGUAGUGGUAUGCAUCCGAGUGAGAAAUCAUUGUGCAGAUAAUUACUCGCGCGAUACAAGUUUUACGCAGCGAGACAAAAGUUACGAAGAGAACCUAACAAAUUGCAAUUGUUGCGAGGAUAUCACGUAUUUCGGGAAUUUACAAUUAAAAAUUUCAUUUUGCUAUUCUUGUCUCUGAGAGGCAAGUAUGACAGACAAUUAUUAAAAUAAGAAGUUGAAGAAUGUUGAAAGACGUUGAGACUGGAGCAGCAGGCUGCAAUAGUUUACCUUCUAGACCUCGGAGACUAAUUCCACGCUUCUCGCUCAGAAGACUACUUUACACAAGUCCUUUAAUUGGUAGACGAUUUUCAAGGCCUUCCAAUAAAAGUAGUAAAGCUAAAGAUGCAACUAUUAAGUCUCCAGAGACAGAAAAGGAUGAAGCCAAAGCAAGUCAUGGUUCGAGUCAUGCAGAUUUACAAAGAACAUCAAGUAACAAAGCAGCUGUGCCAUCAGCUUCAGAAGCUAUCAAUGAAACUGGUAUAACAGAAUGCCCACUGUGCUUAACUGAGCAUCCAACUGAAUUUUUCCCUGUUAUACAAUCCUGUCAUCAUCGAAGUUGUUAUGAAUGUUUUCAACAGUAUCUAAGAGUAGAAAUUUCUGAAUCAAGAGUUAAUAUAGCAUGUCCAGAGUGUUCUGAACCUCUACAUCCCAAUGACAUACGUAUGAUCCUUAAUGACCAAGCCAUACUUGAAAAGUAUGAAGAUUUUAUGGUCAGGCGAGUUCUUGCAGUUGAACCUGAUACACGAUGGUGUCCUGCUCCAGAUUGUAGUUUUGCUGUUAUUGCCUCGGGUUGUGCCUCGUGUCCAAAGCUUCGUUGUGAAAGACCUGGUUGUGAUUCUUAUUUUUGCUACCAUUGUAAAGCAAAGUGGCAUCCCAAUCAAACCUGUGAUGCUGCUAGGGCGCAACGUACACAUUAUUAUGAUCGAAAUUCUUCUCUAAGCUUUAGUCAGAGUGAUUCACAACACAAGGGCGAAGAAAUAAAACCUUGUCCACGAUGUCAGGUUCUUAUUUUCAAAAUGGAUGAUGGGAGUUGUAAUCAUAUGUCAUGUUCUGUGUGUGCCGCUGAAUUUUGUUGGCUUUGCAUGAAAGAAAUAAGUGAUCUUCAUUAUCUAAGUCCGUCCGGGUGUACAUUUUGGGGUAAAAAGCCAUGGUCCAGAAAGAAAAAAAUUCUUUGGCAAUUGGGUACAUUAGUAGGAGCUCCGGUUGGCAUUGGCCUUGUGGCUGGUAUUGCCGUGCCUGCCAUGGUCAUAGGUAUACCUGUGUGGGUUGGACGCAAAUUGUACACAAGAUAUCAGAAAGCCAAUAAGCACAAAAGAAACGCUUUCGUUGCCGGCGGUGUUACAGCAUCGAUUCUGGUAUCACCGAUCUUGGCUGGGCUAGCAGUGGGCAUUGGCGUGCCAAUUCUGCUGUUUUACGUUUACGGCGUGGUGCCGGUCUCACUAUGCCGAAGCGGAGGCUGCGGAGUUUCGACGAGCGGUUCCGGCGUCAGAUUCGACUUCGACGACGAGAACGAGCUCAUGGGAGCGCUCGGUGCUCGCAACACGGGAGAUGCAGCCUCGAUCGAUGUGGCCAGCCAUCGCGGAGGAAAUCCAUCGAUUGGCGAGGCUUCGCUCUCACUUGGCAGCGGUAGUCAAUUGGAAAAACUCGGACGCGAAAACGACCUCGAGAGCGCCAGCAUCGUUGCAAUGGCUGGUUCUAGUAUUGCGGGUAGCAUCGCUUCGAGUGUUUUACCCGGUGGACAGAGACUCGAAGUGCAGGCGGAUGUGACGUCGUCGCAGCGUUUCAGUCUUUGCAGCGAGACAGCUUCGGCCACGACAAGUUUGUCAGAAAAGUCCGUCAACGCUUCGAUCGCGUUGGACGACGGCUCUGCAUCCACUCGUGCCUUGGCUGGUUCAGUUCUCAACAUGAAACUCGACCCGACGAGUCGAAGCAGCAGUACUGAAGCGGCUGCCUCCAUCAAUUCUACUUCCGGGGCAACAACUUCAGUUCCCGCGCCAACGAUCGCCUCGAUGCAUCAAGAAUCGUCAUCGGGACAGGCUACCUCGCUGAGUUCUCUCGAAGAGAUGACUGCUAAUUUGGCUAAACGCGCUCGUCGUCGACCAAUCGGUGAAAAGCAGUCGACUCCGACGUCGCAGCAGCAGAGUAACAGUGAACCCGAAGAUACUGGUAGUGAACGUGUGAGAUUUGAUCACCAUGUCAGUUUCGUCGAUGUCUCCGAAGAGUCUACUAAGCCGAGUUGUAGCGCAUCUUCCAGCGCUGUUAGUAAUCGAGGACCAAAAAGGAAAAAAAUUAAACAGGAUCAAAUCGAGCAAGAGGAAAUUCAUCGCACUAUGAGGUCACUACGUCGUAUUUUCUCGUGAUGAUGAGAAAAUUCGCGGCUGUGAGAUUUCCCACUAGUGAUAAAAAUUCACCUGACCUUGAUGCAGAUGAAAACUCUAAGGAACGUGUCAACGUCACGGCCCUGCGCAAUGUUUUUUUCUAUAACUCACCAACCUGUACAGAUAAAGAGAAGAGAUUACCGGUUAUUGAGGAGCCUAUUUCGAUUUUGUCCCAAACUGACGUUGUACCGCAUGAUUCACAGCUAUCAAGCCUUGAUUUGAAAUCAACUGAAAAUUCCGAUUGAUAAAGUGUAGAAAAAAAAUUGUUACUGAAGACUGAAAGAAAUGUUGGUUAAGUGCAUAAAUUUAAUUGUCUUUUGAUAAAAAUGAAAAAAAAAAAAACGAAAUUUGAGUUAUAAAAGUCGUCGCGAUUAACGAUUCAUAUACUAGUGUACAUGUGAUUGUACAUGAACAGAAUAGCAUAUAAAUAUAAAUUUCAUACAUAUUCAUGUAUGCAUAUGUAUAUAUACAUUGGUAAAUAUAUAAAUAUAUCUAU